AUGAAAGUUCAAAAUUCAGAGGGCAUUAGGGCGUAUUUCCCAAUCCAUGGAAUACAUGCCCUCUGCAGUCGGAUCGAAUACCCACCAAUUGUUCAAGAAGGCGAUUGCGAAAAGUUGGCAUAUGGAGCUAAACAUCCAGGUGUGAUAUUAAGUCGAUUUUUUGCGCGGUCUCAAUGGAAGUUAACCUUAGCCAAGCUCCAAAGGAACCCAAAUGACAGUGGGAUCAGAGCCCGGCUCACAAAACUUCGCGAACGCGUCUCAAAGCUUUCGAAUUUCCAGAACCACGUCAAGGAUAGGAACCUAGAUGCGAACUAUCUAUCAGUAUCUAUAUCGUGCAUUGAUACGUGCCAUACUACCUUUGCACUGUAUAGUCGCCCAACCAUCAUCACAGUUGGUAUCAAACAACUAAGGCGCGCCAACGGAUACCAUUCACAGGGCAUAUAUCUAUCUGAAGAUUGUCUCUGGAGCGUUACUGAAGAAUUCGUCUUUCGCGAAAAUAAUCGAGUAUGGUGUUGUAACACAGUUCCUCCACUGUCUGCUUUGCUCGAAAUCCCUCGGAUCGCGAUCCAUGAUUCGUUUUUCCUGGCUGUUCAAAUCAAGACGUGACUCCGCUGUUUUGUUGUGCUGGGUUGAUAACAAUCAGCUUCGGCUGGGAAUCGGAUGAAGACGUGAUCAAAUGUUCUUGGUUUAUUAGAAGCUUCUUCAAAACGCUUUACAAAAAUGCUGUAUUUCUUUCUGUUGAAUUCACUUUUAUUUAUCUAAUCAUUCACCCUUGAGGAUUGGAACCUGCUGGAAUUGGGGAGGGAGCAUUGG